AGGUGGCUCAGCCGCAAGAUGGCGGCGCUGGCGGAGGAGCAGACGGAGGUGGCGGUCAAGCUAGAGCCUGAGGGACCGCCGACGCUGCUACCUCCGCAGGCUGGCGACGGCGCAGGCGAGGGUAGCGGUGGCACUCCCAACAACGGCCCCAAUGGCGGCGGCGGCGGGAAUGUGGCGGCGCCGGCGGCGGCGGCCGGCGGGGACGGCGGGACCCCUAAGCCUGUGGUGGCUGUCUCUGCCGCUGCCCCGGCGGGGGCGGCCCCGGUGCCCGCCGCUCCCGCCGAGGCCGGCGCUCCGCAGGACCGACAGACUCUUCUGGCUGUGCUGCAGUUCCUACGGCAGAGCAACCUCCGCGAGGCCGAAGAGGCACUGCGCCGCGAGGCCCGGCUGCUGGAGGAGGCAGUGGCGGGCUCCGGAGCUCCGGGAGAGUUGGACGGGGCCGGCGCGGAGGCGGCUAGCGCUCUUCUCAGCCGGGUCACCGCUUCUGUCCCCGGCUCUGCGGGGCCCGACCCUCCGGGGGCCGGCGCUUCGGUGACCUCGGUGUUCUCAGGUUCAGCUUCAGGUCCUGCGGCUCCGGGAAAGGUUGGAAGUGUAGCUGUGGAAGACCAGCCAGAUGUCAGUGCUGUCUUGUCGGCCUACAACCAACAAGGAGACCCUACUAUGUAUGAAGAGUACUACAGUGGCCUGAAGCACUUCAUUGAAUGUUCUCUGGACUGCCAUCGAGCAGAACUUUCCCAACUCUUUUAUCCUCUGUUUGUACACAUGUACCUGGAGCUAGUUUAUAAUCAACAUGAACAUGAAGCAAAAUCAUUCUUUGAGAAGUUCCAUGGAGAUCAGGAAUGCUAUUACCAGGAUGACCUACGAGUGCUAUCUAGUCUUACCAAAAAGGAACACAUGAAAGGGAAUGAAACCAUGCUGGACUUUCGAACAAGUAAAUUUGUUCUUCGCAUUUCCCGUGAUUCGUACCAACUCUUGAAGCGGCAUCUUCAGGAGAAACAGAACAAUCAGAUCUGGAGCAUAGUGCAGGAGCACCUGUACAUUGACAUCUUUGAUGGGAUGCCUCGCAGUAAGCAGCAGAUAGAUGCGAUGGUGGGAAGCUUGGCAGGAGAGGCCAAACGAGAAGCAAACAAAUCAAAGGUAUUUUUUGGUUUAUUAAAAGAACCAGAAAUUGAGGUGCCUUUGGAUGAUGAGGAUGAAGAAGGAGAAAAUGAAGAAGGAAAACCUAAAAAGAAGAAGCCUAAAAAGGAUAGUAUUGGAUCUAAAAGCAAAAAACAAGAUCCCAAUGCCCCACCUCAAAACAGAAUCCCUCUUCCUGAAUUGAAAGAUUCAGACAAACUGGACAAAAUAAUGAAUAUGAAAGAAACCACCAAGCGAGUGCGCCUUGGGCCAGACUGUUUACCUUCUAUUUGUUUUUAUACAUUCCUUAAUGCUUACCAGGGCCUCACUGCAGUGGACGUCACUGAUGAUUCUAGUCUGAUUGCAGGAGGUUUUGCAGAUUCAACUGUCAGAGUGUGGUCUGUGACACCUAAAAAGCUUCGUAGUGUCAAACAAGCAUCAGAUCUUAGUCUUAUAGACAAAGAAUCAGAUGAUGUCUUAGAAAGGAUCAUGGAUGAGAAAACUGCAAGUGAGCUGAAGAUUUUGUAUGGUCACAGUGGGCCUGUCUAUGGAGCCAGCUUCAGUCCGGAUAGGAACUAUCUGCUCUCCUCUUCAGAGGACGGAACUGUUAGACUCUGGAGCCUUCAGACGUUUACUUGCUUGGUGGGCUAUAAAGGACACAACUACCCAGUAUGGGACACACAGUUUUCUCCAUAUGGAUAUUACUUUGUGUCAGGAGGCCAUGACCGAGUAGCUCGGCUUUGGGCUACAGAUCACUAUCAGCCUUUAAGGAUAUUUGCUGGCCAUCUCGCUGAUGUGAAUUGCACUAGAUUUCAUCCAAAUUCGAACUAUGUUGCUACGGGUUCUGCAGACAGAACUGUUCGGCUCUGGGAUGUCCUCAAUGGUAACUGUGUAAGGAUCUUCACUGGACACAAGGGACCAAUUCAUUCCUUAACUUUUUCUCCCAAUGGGAGAUUCUUGGCUACGGGAGCAACAGAUGGCAGAGUACUUCUUUGGGAUAUUGGACAUGGCUUGAUGGUUGGAGAGUUAAAAGGCCACACUGAUACAGUGUGUUCACUUAGAUUUAGUAGAGACGGUGAAAUUUUGGCAUCAGGUUCAAUGGAUAAUACGGUCCGGUUAUGGGAUGCUAUCAAAGCAUUCGAAGAUUUAGAGACUGAUGAUUUUACUACAGCCACUGGGCAUAUAAAUCUACCUGAGAAUUCCCAGGAGUUAUUAUUGGGUACAUACAUGACCAAAUCAACACCAGUUGUACACCUACAUUUUACUCGAAGAAACUUGGUUCUAGCCGCAGGCGCUUACAGUCCACAGUAAACCAAUGGUUUUAGAGACCUUUUGGAAGCUACUGUUUGGAAAAGGGAGACUAAAAACAAAUACCUCAGUGAUUAGUAUUUAAGCUACAAAGAAUGUUUUUGUCUACAUGGAUCUGGAAGUAUGCUGCUUGGAAAAUCUGAAUGAGACAGUUCCACGUUUCUAUAGCAACCACAUUUAACUAAUUUCCGUUAGUUGAAUAAGAGGUAUUAUGUUCGUGGAGGGAACAUUUAUGGUGCUUUGGAUUGUGUGGAAACUAUGCAUUUUUCUGUUCAAAUGCUAUUUUAAUUUAUUAUGUUUAGAAAGGAAAUCAAUUUGAUUUAAACAAUUCAUUCUGCUUCAAGAUUCAAAUUAAGAAAUAUAGCACCAUCUCGAGUAGCUGAAGAUUCUAUGAGCAUGUGUGUGUCUGCUAUAAAAUGAGGUUACUGUAUGGCACUU